AUGGCCCCGUGGCUGCAGCUCUGCUCCGUCUUCUUCACGGUCAACGCCUGCCUCAACGGCUCGCAGCUGGCCGUGGCCGCGGGCGGCUCCAGCAGAGCGCGGGGCGCGGACACCUGCGGCUGGAGGGGAGUGGGGCCGGCCAGCAGAAACAGCGGGCUGCACAACAUCACCUUCAGAUAUGACAACUGCACCACUUACUUGAAUCCAGUGGGGAAGCAUGUGAUUGCUGAUGCCCAGAACAUCACCAUCAGUCAGUACGCUUGCCACGACCAAGUGGCAGUCACCAUUCUUUGGUCCCCAGGGGCUCUUGGCAUCGAAUUCCUAAAAGGAUUUCGAGUAAUACUGGAGGAGCUGAAGUCGGAGGGAAGACGGUGCCAACAACUGAUUCUAAAGGACCCAAAGCAGCUAAACAGUAGCUUCAAAAGAACCGGAAUGGAAUCUCAACCUUUCCUGAGUAUGAAAUUUGAAACAGAUUACUUUGUGAAGAUUGUCCCUUUUCCUUCCAUUAAAAAUGAAAGCAAUUACCACCCUUUCUUCUUCAGAACCCGUGCCUGUGACCUGUUGCUACAGCCGGACAACCUGGCCUGUAAGCCCUUCUGGAAGCCUCGGAACCUAAACAUCACUCAGCACGGUUUGGACAUGCAGGUGUCCUUCGAUCACGCGCCACACACCUUUGGCUUCCGUUUCUUCUAUCUUCACUAUAAGCUCAAGCAUGAAGGGCCUUUCAAGAGAAAGACCUGUAAACAGGAGCAAAAUACAGAGACAACCAGCUGCCUCCUUCAAAAUGUUUCUCCUGGGGAUUAUAUAAUUGAGCUGGUGGAUGACACUAAUACAACAAGAAAAGUGAUGCAUUAUGUCUUAAAGCCAGCGCAUUCCCCGUGGGCGGGGCCCAUCAGGGCUGUCGCCAUCACUGUGCCACUGGUUGUCAUCUCGGCAUUUGCGACCCUCUUCACCGUGAUGUGCCGCAAGAAACAACAAGAAAAUAUAUAUUCACAUUUAGAUGAAGAGAGUUCUGAGUCCUCCUCGUACACCACGGCGCUCCCCAGGGAGAGGCUCCGGCCGAGGCCGAAGGUCUUCCUCUGCUAUUCCAGCAAAGAUGGCCAGAAUCACAUGAACGUUGUCCGGUGUUUUGCCUACUUCCUCCAGGACUUCUGUGGCUGUGAGGUGGCUCUGGACUUGUGGGAGGACUUCAGCCUCUGCAGAGAAGGGCAGAGAGAAUGGGUCAUCCAGAAGAUCCACGAGUCCCAAUUCAUCAUCGUGGUGUGUUCCAAAGGCAUGAAGUACUUUGUGGACAAGAAGAGCUACAGGCACAAGGGCAGUGGCCGGGGCUCGGGGAAAGGGGAGCUCUUCCUGGUGGCCAUGUCGGCCAUCGCUGAAAAGCUCCGCCAGGCCAAGCAGAGCUCCUCAGCCCAGCUCAGCAAGUUCAUCGCCGUUUACUUCGAUUAUUCCUGUGAGGGCGAUGUUCCCGGCAUCCUGGACCUGAGCACCAAGUACAAGCUCAUGGACAACCUUCCCCAGCUCUGUUCCCACCUGCACUCCCGAGACCACGGCCUCCCGGAGCCGGGGCAGUACCCCGGACAGGUGAGCAGAAGGAACUACUUUCGCAGCAAGUCCGGCCGGUCCCUUUAUGUCGCCAUAUGCAACAUGCACCAGUUUAUCGAUGAGGAGCCCGACUGGUUUGAGAAGCAGUUCGUCCCCCUCCGUCCCCCCCCCCUCCACUCCCGGGAGCCAGUGCUGAAGAAGUUUGACUCGGGCUUGGUGUUAAAUGAUGUCAUGUGCAAACCAGGGCCCGACGGCGAUUUCUGCCUCAAGGCUGAGGCCGCGGUCCCCGGGGUGCUGGCCGACUCGCCCUUGGAGGGCCCACACUUGGGCCUGGACCAAGACGCGGAGGCGGGGCCUGGGCCGGGGGGCGGCUCGGUCCUGCGGCCACUGCUGCACCCCGGGAAAGCCACCAGCCCCUCAGACAUGCCUCGAGACUCGGGCAUCUACGACUCGUCCGUGCCCUCCUCGGAGCUGUCCCUGCCCCUAAUGGAAGGACUCUCGGCAGAUCAGACAGAAACAUCUUCGCUGACAGAGAGCGUGUCGUCCUCCUCUGGCCUGGGUGAGGAGGAUCCUCCUGCCUUCCCUUCCAAGCUCCUCGCCUCUGGGGCGUGCAAAGCAGAACCUGGUUGCUGCAGCUACACUGGUGAACUCCACGUGGUCGCCCCUUUGUAACAAAAUGGAAGAAGAGUCUAAGCAUUGCCACUUUAGCUGCUGCCUCUCUCUGGUCCCCCAGCUCUUCUCUCUGGUUGCGCAGUCCACUUGGAGCUGAGGUCUCCGACAAGGAUA